UUGAUUGUGUGUAUGAUACCAGUCGUUGCACCGAUCUGCCGCAACACGCUCGUGUUGUCCGUACACGGCUAGCAUGCCAUUCGGGCUCCGAAAGCGUGGACUCAGGGUGUCUGCGGGGCCAGGAGGAAUGGGACGGGGCGUUGGGGCAAAGGCACCGGCGGCGAUCACCGUUUUAAGCCUUCGGGGAAACGGCGACUUCUGCCUGGUGAUUUAGAAUAUUUUUUAAAACUUUUUCCUCUUUUCAGCAAGGUAUAACAGGAAACAUGACUUCGGUUUGGAAGAGACUUCAGCGCGUUGGAAAAAGAGCUUCGCGGUUUCAGUUUGUGGUGUCUUAUGAAGAACUGAUUAUCGAGUGCACGCAGAAGUGGCAGCCUGACAGCCUCAGAGUGGUCUGGACCAGGAGAAGUAGACGCAUCUGCUCCCGGCUUCAUGGGUGGCAGCCUGGGAUUCAGAACCCAUUCCGGGGCACAGUGGUGUGGCAAGUGCCUGAAAAUGUGGAGCUCGCUGUCACUCUCUUCAAGGACCCUAAUGCUGAGGAGUUUGAAGACAAGGAGUGGACUGUAGUUAUUGAGAAUGAGAUGAAAGGCCGCCGCAAACUGCUGGCGUGCGCAGAGGUGAACCUGAAACGGUUUGCCAGUCCCUCGCAGACCAGCCUGCUGCUCCAACUGAAGCCGCUCUCUGUCAAGGUGGUGCAGGCAUCCCUCAGGCUCUCGCUGACGUGCAUCUUCCUCAAGGAGGGCAAGGCCACGGACGACGACAUGCAGAGCCUGGCCAGUCUGAUGAGCAUGAAGCAUGCGGACAUCGGCAACAUGGAGGACUUCAACGAGAGUGACGAGGAGGAUGACAGGAAGGCCGGUCGUGGGGUCAGCCAGGUGACAGCCACUGUAGCACCGACCUUUGCAGUGCCAAAGGCUCCUCAGGAGUGGGGGCCCGUGACUGUCACAAGCCCAUUUGCACUAGCCACCCAGCAUAGCGUCAGCACUGUGCCUGCUCAAUCCAGCCUGCCCAGGCCCCCCCUUCACCCCCCCCGAACCCUGCGAGCCAUGGCUGCCUGCACCCAGUACCCACCACUUGAGGCACGGCCUUCUCCUUACUCCUACAUGGUGCCUGCCUUCGUUCGUGCCCACCCCCCUGCGCUGCCCAAAAUCUUCCAGCCCUCUGUGGGCUCAGUCCCCAUGUCUAUAACACGGGACUCUCGUGGUGUCCUGAUUAAUCCUGCUGAGGACUCUGGCCCCCCAGCUCAGGACCCUCUAACCUUCACCACUUUCCGGCCAAGGCCUGUUCCAUCUCUGCCCUCCUCCACCUCCAGCUCCUCCACUUUCCAUCUCCCUCCACCCCCCAGUGUUCUCUGUAAAGCCGUCAGAUCUGUGGCACGUGCUAAUGCCUUGAGAAGGCCUGGUUCUCCUGGCAAUCACGCCCCCCCUGCCCCUGAUGGUUCCUCCCUCCCAGGGGCACGCCAGCCUAGGAUGGGCAAGGCCAUGCUCUCUGAGCCUGCCGGCAUCCUCACGAAGCCUGCCAGCCUGCCUACUGCCCUGCAUGCAGUUCCAUCACCCUGGCAAAGUGAGUGGCGCCCCCCCAAGACCCAGACAGCCCUGUCGUCCGGUCUGUCUCCCUCCUUUUUCACUGUUCUCCCUGCUGACACUGAGAGGACCAGGGAGGACUCUGAGGCCAUGAAUGACAUUGUCUCAGCCCCUAGCCCCUACCUACAGCUCCCUCCUCCACCUCUGCAAAUAUCUACCCUUCAAGCUACAAUAACUUCCUCUCCUCCAACAUUUACCCCUAAUUCUAUUUCUGUACCUACUCCUCCUCCUAUUUCGCUUAUACCUACAGCUCCUCCUGUUUCUCCUAUAUAUACUCCUGCUUCUGCUAUACAUAUUCCUCCUCCAUUUUCUUCUAUACAUGCUCCUUAUUUUUCUCCUAUGCCACCUCCUCCUCUGUUUUCCUCUAUACAUGCAUCUCCUCCCCAAUUUUUUCCUAUACCUGCCCCUCAUCCUGCUCCUCCUGCAUGUCCUCCUGUAGUUUCUUCUGCACCUCAUGUUUCUCCAGCAUUAACACCUGCUUGUUUUCCUGUAUCACCUCCUCCCCCAUUUUUUCCUCCUACAGUUUCUUCAGUACCGGAUGUUUCUCCGGCAUUAAAACCUGAUUCUUUUCCUGUAUUCCCUCCUACUGUUGCUCCUAUAUCAGCUCCUCCCCCCUCUCCCCCUAUACUUGCUCCUCCUGCACCUCCUCCUGCAGUUUAUUCGGCACCUGAUGUUUCUCCAGCAUUAACACCUGCUUCCUUUCCCAUAUCCACUCCUCCUGUUGCUCCUAUAUUAUAUACUCCCCCAGUUUCUCCUAUGCCUGCUCCACCUGCACCUCUUUUUGCUGUUUCUUCUGCACCUGAUGUUUCUCCAGCAUUAACACCUGCUUCCUUUCCCAUAUCCACUCCUCCUGUUGCUCCUAUAUUAUCUACUCCCCCAGUUUCUCCUAUGCCUGCUCCUCCUGCACCUCUUCUUGCUGUUUCUUCUGUACCUGAUGUUUCUCCAACAUUAACACCUGCUUCCUUUCCCAUAUCCACUCCUCCUGUUGCUCCUAUAUUAUCUACUCCCCCAGUUUCUCCUAUGCCUUCUCCUCCUGCACCUCUUCUUGCUGUUUCUUCUGCACCUGAUGUUUCUCCAGCAUUAACACCUGCUUCCUUUCCUAUAUCCACUCCUCCUGUUGCUCCUAUAUUAUCUACUCCCCCAUUUUCUCCUAUGCCUGCUCCUCCUGCACCUCUUCUUGCUGUUUCUUCUGCACCUGAUGUUUCUCCAGUAUUAACAUGUGCUUCCUUUCCUAUAUCCCCUCUUCCUGUUUUUCCUAUAUUACCCCCUCCCCCAUUUUCUCCUAUACCUGCUCCUCCUCCUGCUUCUCCUGCACCUCCUCCUGCAGUUUCUUCGGCACCUGAUGUUUCUCCACCAUUAACACCAACUUCCUUUCCUGUAUUCCCUCCUCCUGUUGCUCUUAUAUCAGCUCCUCUUCCAUUUUCUCCUAUACCUGCUCCUUCUCCUGCUUCUCCUGUACAUCCUCGUGCAGUUUCUUUGGCACUUGAUGUUUCUCCAGCAUUAACACCAGCUUCCUUUCCUGUAUUCCCUCCUCCUUUUGCUCUUAUAUCAGCUCCUCCCCCAUUUUCUCCUAUUCAUGCUCCUUCUCCUGCUUCUCAUGUGCCUCCUCCUGCAGUUUCUUCUGUACUUGAUGUUUCUCCAGAAUUAACACCUGAUUCUUUUCCUGUAUCACCUCCUCCUGUUCCUCCUAUAUCAGCUCCUCCCCUAUUUUCUCCUAUAUCUGUUCCUCCUGUUUCUACUGCAGUUUCUUCUGCAAUUUCUUCUGCACUUGCCCCUGCAGUUUCUCCUUUUACUGCUCCCCUUCCCUAUCCUCCGCCUGGUUCUACUCCCACGCUUCCCCUUUUUUCUGCUUCUUUCUUUGCUACAGUAUCUGCUUCUCCAUCUCCUACCCAGGCAGCUCCAUUGGGGAAUGGUCCUGCUGUGCCUCAUGCCUUCUCCUCUGGAAGCCAUUGUGACAUUGCCAUUUGUGAGCCCAGAGCUAGCCCGAUCACACUUCCUGCCCCACCUGACAUCUCCCAUCAACCUGACAGUUGCCCCUCCCCGGAAACACCAACUGAAGUUCAAAGGCAGUUGGGUGCUUUGAUAGAAGAAGAUGAUUUGUACAUGUCUACAUCUAAUGAGAGGCAGGCCAAGCCUUUUAAGGCUCACAGCAGCGAGAGGAGGCGGGACGCUAAGCUGUCGCCAGCAGCAAAGCUGAGAACAGGCUCGGAGAGCAUGCUUGCUCUUCAGCCAUCUUGUCCAAGAAUUGCCAGAAGUCCUGGUUUUCCGUCACAGAUAGCUAACGCAGAUGAGACCCUGAUCGCAGAGGAGUCAGUGGAAACGAAGCUUUUUUGGACUCCGAUGUCGAAAGAAAAUCCAUUGCAUACCAAGCUCCCUUGCCAAAGCUUGGAUAAAAAGUACACUGACAUAGAUGUUGUUAAGAAAAUGGUGGCUCUGCGUCCAUCUUGCCCUAGAUUAGCCAGUAUUCCGGGCUUUCCAUCAGUACAGCGACUUAAAGCACCUGUGGUCCAGAUGGAGAAGACUCCAAAUAUGGUAAGUCUUCUGCCGUCUUGUCCAAGAAUUGCAAGUAUUCCUGGCUUCCCUUCAAGACAGCCAGUCAGUUCCCGUGAUAUUCAAACUGAAAGAUGGCAUAUGCACAAGAGGCCAUUGUGGGAAAUGCAGAAGUCAAGACGAACGCCAAGUCUCUCGUCUUCUCAAGGAAAAGACAGAACUUACGGAAACGAGGAAAUGAUUCUGUUGAUGGCAGCGCUCUUACCUUCAUGCCCAGAAGUAGCCCGUAUUCCUGGUUUUCCCUGCACACAGUUACCCAAAUCAAAGGAAGCCUUAGGAGAAGAAAAGGUAAAAAUGUUGGCUCUUUUACCAUCUUGUCCAAGAUCAUCCUCAAUUCCUGGCUUUCCAUCCAGACAAAUGAAGUCAGACAUGUGUGAAGAACAAAUAUGGCCUACUGGAAAUGAUGCAGGGGAGGAGCCAAAAAAGGAAAGAAUUAAGUUUGCCUUGUUUUUCUCAUCAGCUGAGAUGACACUUGAUAAAGAAAGUUUGAAAUAUAUGACUGACUUAGCACCAUGUUGCCCAAGUGCAGCCAGGAUUCCUGGGUUCCCAUCCGCUCCAAGGCCCAAAGCACUAGAAAAGGUUCCAAGUAUGAUUGAUUUUCUUCCUUCUUGUUCAAGACAUUCUAAAAUUCCAGGCUUUCCUUCCUUAAACACUGCUGAUGCCAACAUCCAAGAAAAAGAAUGGUUUAUGGUUAAAAGGUCACUGCUUGAGAAGCCAAAUAAGGAGAAGCCAAUGCCGAUAGUACUCACUCCACUAUCCCUCUACGAAGUGAUCAGAGACAAAGAAAUGAUGAAUAUGAUGGUGGCCCUUGUGCCAUCUUGUCCAGCAUCGGCAAGUGCUCCAGGUUUUCCAUCUGUACCAAGGCUGCCGUGUAUGGAGGAGACCACUGAUAUGAACCGGAUUUCCAUGACUACUCUAGUGCCAUAUUGUCCAAGGAUUUCAAAGAUUCCUGGCUUCCCUUCAUUGCAGUUAACUAAGUUUGAAGCACAAGAUUGGUCGUUGCUUAAAGAGCCUUUGAGCAGGAACCUCCUGAAGACAAAUCAGGCAAGGUGCUUAAGUACAUGCUCAGCACGUUUUGGAUCAGAGGACAAAGAGAUUAUGAGACUUACGGUGGCUUUGUUGCCUACUUGCCCAAGAGAGGCUCGUAUCCCUGGUUUCCCAUCUGCUCAUCCAAAGUCACCAAACAGCCGAUCCCGGUGUUCAGCGUUUGAAGGGCAAUCUGAAAGAAGCAGAGGACAUUUGUGGGAAGAGAAAAUCUUUGACAGUCAGGUAGAAAUUUUUGAUGACUUGGAUGAGGUUAAUGUUCAUGGGAAUACAAUUAGUGAUGUUACUUACUGGAGUGUCAAGAAUGACAAAACAGCAUCGUACACAGGCAGUCAAUUUGAAUUAAGCAAAGAAGACGUUGGCCUAUUUGUAGAGCAGAAGGAGCCAGAAUGUGACACUCUAGAAAGGGGGCUCUUGCACUGCAGAAUGUGGCACUCGGUGCCCAUGGGUCUGCCAGUGCUUUUGGCAGUUAGACAGAGGCCCAUGGGUGAGCUUCCCACCUCAGGGUCUGUUUCACUGUUGCCAGAUAAAUAUACAGACAUUACUCUGAGAAGCCAAGAAAUCCCCCGCCACCCAUUUUCUCCUGCACCUACUGCUCUUGACCUUCUUGAGAAGUCACACAAGGAUAGGAUACCUGACAGUAUGGUUGCUCUACGGCCAACAUGCUCAAGAUUUUCCAAAAUCCCGGGUUUCCCAUCAAUAGAUGUAUUAAGUGAAAUGGAUGGCAAGGAGGUAAUCUGGCAGGUGGUAAAGAAACCAUUGUGGGAGAGACCACUGAAAGUAAAUUCAGAACUGUCAGGGGAAAGUUCUCUAGCACUGGGGAAAUCACCAUUAGGUGAAUCAAAAGAUAUGACAGGAUGGAGUAUGGUGGCUUUGGUGCCAUGUUGUUCUGGAACAGUAAGUAUUCCAGGUUUUCCAUCAAUACCAAGACCCCGAGCAGAAGAGUCUGCCAUAGGAAAGAUUCCAAAUAUGGUGAAUCUUCUGCCAUGCUGCCCAAGAAUUCCCACAGUUCUUGGUUUUCCGUCAGCACAUACAUCCAUCAAAGAAAACAUUUUGGUACAGGAAUGGGUGGAAAUCAACGUACUGUGGAAGACACGGCCAAAGAGGACGCUACUGCUUCCUUCUCCAUUUCAAGAUCAGUAUCAUGAGGAUAAGGAUUUCAGCAGUAUGUUUGCCCUGGCACCAUCUUGUCCAGGUGUUUCCAAAAUUGCUGGCUUUCCAUCAGCACAGCGGUCAAAAUCAGAGAAUGCCCAGAUUCAAGGAAUCUCUAAGGAAUUUCUAUCCCAUCAACCUCACAUGCUCUCGAAUGACACUACCCAUGUUGAUGGUGAAAUACUCAUACCUGUGUCAGGCGCGCAGCUUGUUAGCACCCCUUUGGCCGACGCAGAUGCAAAUAACAGUAGCGGCAGCAAACCCGACAUGCAUCUAACUUUGUCCAGUGACUCCAGUCUCCCAUUUCAUCCUGUUGGUGAACUGAAAUUAAUUAUGCUGGAAAGAGAUAAUGAGGAAAUCAAACUUGGUAGAGGGGAGGCAGCAAAAAGCAAAGUGGAUGGUGGAACAAUCCAAGAUGAGGGUCAGCACCUGGUUUCUGAGAAAGAAAGGGGCCGUGUCAAACAGUCAGAAUCUGAUUUAGGCUGGGAGAUUUUGGUGGAAGAAAGCAAUGGGGCAGGCCACAAGGAACCCACAGCAGGGCUGGCGAAGACAGUAGUUAGCGCCUUUCCGAGAGGUUAUGAGAGAGCGGCUGCUAUGUUGCAACUGGCUCAUCCUACAUCAGUUACUGACCAUUUGGAUAGUACCAUGGUCACUGCUGGAAACACGGAUGCUAGUGAGCCGUCGUCCUUAAGUUCGAAAGAGGAGCCCUUCAUUAUCAGCCAAAACUCACAAAAUGUGGAGGAGCCUCAUGCCGUUGAGGUGGUUAAUGAUGGGAAAAUGGAGUUCCCAAAUAGUGCUGAACCAUGCAGCCGCUGCUUGGUGGAAAGUGAAAUGAACCAGGUGAAAGAUCAAUCCGCAUCUCCAUCAUCAACUCGAAAAAGCGAGGAUGCAUUCAGUGGUGAUGAAGGUCAGCCAUGCCUGGAGAAAAGGCCAGCUUUGUCAGAAGCAGUCGAACAAGAAAUAUCCUUUAAGAAAUGUGAGGAUGCAAGCAAUGAUGAUACUGCCCUAGAUGAAAAAUCCCCAGCUUUACACGAUGAGAAAGGCCAAAAGCAGGAUUUUGAGGAAGCAUUAGGAAAGGAGGAUGCAUCGAAGGAGGUGGGGGCCUUACUGUCUGUGUCAUCAUGUCUGGAUAUGGGCUCAGUGAGACAGCAGGUGGCGCCAAAAGAAUUGCCUGUUCUGAUGCCCCGUGUGAAGAAACGCCUCAGCGCCUCUUUGCCUGAUCACACCACGUCUCUAACCACCAGCAGUCAUGCGGGGGUCCAGCCCCCAGCAGCCAGUGAGCCCCUGUCUCCCAAGGUGUCCACUGCUAAUCCUGAACUGGUGGAGUCGAGCCAGUCCCUGCUGGAGUGGUGCCAGGGGGUCACUCAGGGCUAUAAGGGUGUGAAAAUCAGCAACUUCAGCACCUCCUGGAGGAAUGGCAUGGCUUUCUGUGCCAUCCUGCACCACUUCUGCCCAGACAGGGUGAAUUAUGAAAUGCUGGACCCAUAUGACAUCAAAGAAAAUAACAGAAUGGCAUUCAGUGGCUUUGCAGACCUGGGCAUUUCCCCGCUGUUGUCGUCCUCGGACAUGAUGCUGCGGGCCGUGCCUGACCGACUGAUCGUGAUGACCUACCUGAGCCUGAUCCGCUCGCACUUCACCGGGCAGCAGCUCAGCGUGGUGCAGAUCGAGCACAACAGCAGCCACUCCAGCUACAGCGUGGACGGGCCCCUCAGCAGCACUGACACACAUGAGGCUUUUCACUACUGUGCCCAGAGGCUGCAGGCCGGGGCCGCCCUGCAGGAGACUGAGGGCAAGUCGCCGGAGGAACCAGCUCAGUUCAAUGGGAACUUGGUCCCGCCUCCUAGAACCAAGCGUGUCCUGAAAGUAGAGGAAGGUAGGCCGACAAGUCAGCAGGAAGGACAGGAGGCAGCACCGGCCCCCGUCGCCCCUCCCAGAUACCGCACUGCAGCCUCCAGGUCCAGCUUCACCCGUGUGCGAGAUGCAGACCUUGUGAAGAAGCGACGUUCCCAGCAGAGGAGUCUGUCUAUGGAGGACGCAGAUGUGCCUGAUCAGAGCACCCCCCACAGGAGUGCAGAGGGUUCUGAGAUGCAGAGAGACAGCAAGUUGAAACGUGGGUCUUCUGGUACAAGUGAGCCUGGCGAGCCAGUUCCGGAGCCUGGUGUGAUGAGGGAAGAGGGUGGACUUGAGGAGGAUGAGAGUACAGUCAGUGACAUCCGUCAGUAUGUGCAGAGUGAGAUGCAGGCCCUAGAUAGUGAACAGAGGCACAUUGAUAGCAGAGCCAAUGUGGUAGAGAAGGCCCUGAGACAACUGAUGGAGAAAGGCAACGACCGUGCCGAGGAGGAGAAGCUAAUCCAGGAAUGGUUUACUCUAGUAAAUAAGAAGAAUGCCCUCAUCCGGAGACAGGAUCACCUGCAGCUUCUGCAAGAGGAGCGGGACCUUGAGAGGAGGUUUGAGCUGCUGAACCGAGACCUGAGAGCCAUCAUGACAACGGAAGAGGGGCUAAAGACAGAGGCUCAGCAGCACAGGGAGCAACUGCUGCUGCAGGAGCUGGUGUCGCUUGUCAACCAGAGAGACAAGUUGGUCCAGGACAUGGACGCCAAAGAGAGACGGGCACUGGAGGAGGACGAGAGACUAGAACAUGGCCUGGAACAGAGACGCAGAAAGUACAGCCGCAAGGAGAAGUGUACACUGCAGUGAGAGGGCAGCCGUGAAGAGCAGUGUGCGCUGCAGUGCGAGGGCAGCCGUGAAGGGCAUCGUGUACUGCAGUGAGAGGGCAGCUGCGAAGAGCAGUGUGUACUGCAGUGAGAAGGCAGCUGCGAAGAGCAGUGUGCACUGCAGUGAGAAGAGAGCUGCACCUCUCAGUCAUCACCAUUCGAGUUGGUGUCUUUCAGGUUAAAAGAUUCAUCCCAAGACACUUUUGAACUGGGGACUGAAUGGAUUUCUUUUUGACACAUUUUUGAGUGUUCUUUAUUUCAUAUCUGUUGUGUGCCUGUUUUUUGCCUGUUCAUUUCUGCCUGUUUUUCAUAUAAGACCAUAAUUUUAAUUUUAACAAUAAUUGUAGAUAUUAUUAAUACAUGAAUUUAUUUCAGUGCAAGAGAACCUGUAUUACAUUCUCCAUUGACGUGUCAUGGAACAUGUUAUACACAUGUUUUGUUUGGUAAAUGGGCUCAUUCUGCUUCUGCUGGAUUCUCACGUAGCAUCAUAAAGGGCUUUUGGGAUGAACCAUCAGGGGUCUGGCUCAGAACAUCAUGUCUAGGAAAAUACUGUUCAAGGAAAGUAUAGUGUAGUACAUCAAUGCCAUAUGAAUGUUAUGGGGGCAAUAUAUGCUGGAGUAUGUUUUUGAAUAUUGUGAUGAAAAGAUGAGAUAUAGUGAUUGAAUGAUAGCAAAGAACGUUCAGGUUUAUGUUUGUUUGCAGUUUACCUCAAUUAAUGAAUGCCUAUAGUUCUGUUCUUAGUGGCAAAACUGAGACUGCCGAGUGUACUGCGUCUAUUAUAAGCAAACAAGCUAGAUAUGACCAAAUUUGCCAUUUCUCCUUAAAGUGUGCUUUAUGGGAAUAUUGAGACCUACAUGGGAUACUGCCGCACAGACAUACAGUCUUCUGGGAAGGGGAUGAAUAUUAGACUGAGGUGCCUUAGCCAAAUUACUAAAACCCAUUAAACUCAUAAUGACACCACAAAACAAAGUUGUGUAUGUGACAUCAUAUGUUUUAUAAUUUCGUCCCUCUCUCAUGUAUUUUCCAAGGGUAUACUGACACUUUAAACUGAAACCAAAUCGCUACUAAAUUCAACAGUUCUCACAUAAGCAGAAACCUCCAAUUAAACACAUAGCAGUUUCAGUUACUCCACUGUCCAAAAUUAAGCGAAGAAUUAAAUGGACUGUUUGACUUACAAAAGGUGAACAAAAGGUGCUGAAAGGUCAAACUCUACUAGUACCUGAAUGACUGUGGGUGAGUGAACUGGGCUGAAUGUUUCCUGCUGGACGUCUCUCUCCUGGUAACUCUGCUAUUACCGCUCUUGCUGCUGCUGCAGUUCAUUGGCUUGGGAUUUUCCCCGUUUUGAUUUUCCCUGGAUUAAACAAAAAAUUAAUUCUAUUUACAUCUUGAUUUUUAAGAUUUUGUCUCGCCAAAUCCCGCAGCUGUGUACACCAACCCUUAGAAAACUUCAUUUAUCUUUAACGCAUUUGCACUCUUUGUAAAAUGUGUGUUAGAAGAAUAAAAUUAUUUUGGACAAUAA